AUGGGGAUGUCGGCAGAAGAGGAGGUGAGUUCAGUCGUUGUCGGGGCGAUGGCUUCUGAAGUGCUGCUGCUUGGCGGUGUCUCGGAGCUGCUUGAUGUCGUGGAGGAGUCCAACGGGCUUGAAGAUAGGGUUGGAGAGGAUGUGGCAUCACUCGUUGAUGAAGAGGUAGCGAUAUCAGGGGCGCUGCUCGUGAUUGAGUUUGAUGAAGCGGAUCCCGCUGCUGUCGAAGAUGGGCUGGAGCUCAAGGAUACGAUCGCUGACGACGUGGCUUCCACUGCUGUAGAAGAUGGACUGGAGCUCGGAGGCGUGAUCGAAGAUGAAGUGGAUCUCCCUGCCGAAGCAGAUUGGCUAGAGCUGGAGGUACCGCUGCUUGCCUGCACAUUUGAGCUGCUUGAUGUGGCUGGCGAAGAAGUCGAAGUAGUCGUAGGAGCAGACGAGGAAGGUGUGUUCAGACUCAAGCUUGAAGAUGAGCUCAAUUCGGUGCUCGACCUCAGGGAAGUCGGAGACGGAAGUGAUGAGGAUGAAGGACUGCUAGCUGGCUCCGGUGAUAUGAUCACGGACGAGCUCGUCUGUGCACUCGGCGAAGUUGCCAGGCCCACACUAGAAGUCGUCGUACUCGAAGCUUGUCCUGAAGAGCGUCCGAUGACGGAUGAAAUCUCCCCAUCAGAACUCGUCACUGAAGAUGAAAGCAAGCUCGAAAUACUACCAUCAGCGGCGGUCGAAGGUGCCGUCUGGGUAUCCGAGCUCUUCGAGCUCCUACUCGUUUGUGAGCUUACCGUCGACGAUGUUGUUGCAACAUCCAAAGAGGUCGAGCUCACCUCAUCGCUCAGGCAAGAGAUUGUCCCUUGA